GAACCGUUAGAAAAUACUUUUUAAACGAUUUUAAUCUGAUUGUUUUUUUAAAGUUCGCGAUUGGUAAUUCAUUUUUUAAGACUGCUUCGAGGACUGGAAUACGUUGUGAAGCAGAAAUGGUCGCAUGUGAUCAUUUUCUGUAACUGCUGUGCUUUGUUUAUAUUUGUGGAUUACUCUAAAAGACAGUAUGACUCGCAUCAGCUCGUCGAGUCCCACACAGAUGAACGGAACAGAAACGGUGCACGAGGUGGUUUUGCCAAUGUCCAACGGUAAAUCGAGUGGGGCAUCCUCGGAAGGGGCAUCGGCUUCAUCUCACAGAAGGAGAGGUAAAUGCAAGUGGUUCAAUGUCGCUAAAGGCUGGGGCUUCAUCACACCUGUGGAUGGGGGACCAGACGUCUUCGUGCACCAAAGUGUCAUCCAGAUGUCGGGCUUCCGCAGCCUGGGUGACGAGGAGGAAGUGGAGUUCGACUGCAAGGUGUCGGACAAGGGCCUGGAGGCAACUGUCGUCACGGGCCCCCAGAGCAGCGAUUGCAAGGGUUCCCACAGGAGACCCAUGUCCAAAAAGAGAUUCAGGAAGAUCAGGUGCUACAACUGCGGCGAGUUCGCCAACCACAUCGCGGCCAAGUGCAACCUCGGCCCCCAGCCUAAGCGCUGCCACAGCUGCAAAUCCGAUGACCACCUGAUAGCCGAUUGCCCCUCUCGGGAGAAUAAGGAUUCCGAGACCAAGACCAACGGCACCUCGCACCCCGCCUCAGAGACCCUCUCAUCUAUCACCCCUUCCUGCUCACCGGAAGCAGAAGACACCAACGACCAGGACUAAAGCGACCCUGGUCUUCUCAUCAUUUCUCUAGUCUUCACACCGCGCGUCGGACUUUCGCAAAGAACUCUUGGACUCUUGACCACUGUAGAGAAGAGUGUGCGCGCUAACACCUUUUUUUUAACACCUGAACAGAUACGUUUUAUCCCAGUGUUUCAGUUUUUACGUGUCUUUCUGGUCUGGUUUAUUACUCAUAUUACAUAUAUCUUACGUGUUUAUACUUCUUAUUUUUAGCAUCAGUUCUUUCUUUUUUUUUCCCCCAGCUUUUAUUCGGCCGCUUAAAUUUCAGGAAAAGAGACUCUGGAAUUUUCUGUGGCGAACAAUGUGUUGUGGUCUUUGAUAUGACUUGGAAAUAAUAAUAAUAAAAAAGAACUUUUAAUCGUAAUAGUGUACAUUGGAUGAUGUAUUAUCUGAGCGCAAUAAAUUUGAAAAUGUCUUAA